CCCCGCGCUCGCAGCGAGCGGGCAGCGCGCCGCGCGGUGCACCAGUCGGCAUCGGCAGUCGCCCACCGGCCGCGUUACGAGGUGCGUGUACGACGUCGCGCUUCGCCCUCCCCGCGCGUCUCUUUCACGCUCGCGCGGCAAAUUCCAGUCACAACUAAUCUCACCGCGAAUUACUUGCAAACCUGUACCCAAAUUGGAUUGACGUGUUCGCCGAUUACGGCUAGGUAGAGUUUGUGAGUUGAGUGAACAAAAUAGUGCAUUGUCGAGAGAGCCGGUUUACCUCGUGCGAGGCCGGUUGUGUGCCGCCGCGAGUGGCUGUGCUUUCUAAAUGAAGCCCGAUGUGUUUAAUGUGACUGUGAGUGAAACACAAGUCAAAAAUCCUGAAUAAAGUUUAAAAUAUUUUGGAUUGUUUGAAUCAGGCUGAAGGAGAGUGAGCGAUGAUAUGCUGAUGAGCAACGACGAGAUACGACACGACAACUUACGACACGACGACACGACACGCCAGGGAUCGGCCUGGGCGUCCGUAUUAACUGCUAUAUGAGAGAUCCCACGGAAGCGGGGGCAGCAUGCGGGCGGCGCGCGCGUGGCUCGUGCUGGCCGCUGUGGCGUGGUGCGCGCGCGCGGGGCCCGGCCCGCCCGCGGAGCUGCGCUUCGAGUACGACCAGUACAACGUGAGCAUUCCGGAGAACAGCCCUCCGCGCGCCCGCGCCGCCUCUCCGCCCGGCGCGCCGCCGGCCGGCCUGCGUCUGCCGGCGCCGGGCGCGAGGGUCCGCUUCCGCAUCAAGCAUAUCCCCAAAGACAAGUUUUUCAAGGCAGAGGAGCGCACUGUCGGAGACUUCUGUUUCUUAUCCGUGCGCACUCGCGCCGGCCACGCCGAUGUGCUGAACCGCGAACGACGAGAUUCCUACCGCCUCGUUGUCCAAGCUACUGCCACGCUCUCCGACGGCUCCCAGCUCGAAGCCGACACAGUAGUGCUAGUCACCGUUACCGACGUCAACGAUCUAAGUCCGCUCUUCUAUCCCACGGAGUAUGACGUCACCGUUCCCGAGGACACCGCCGUACAUUCAAGUAUCGCUCGCGUCUCCGCUGAAGACGCGGACGUUGGCAUAAACGGCGAAAUUUACUAUAGUAUCGCGGAACCGACGGAUCAAUUUGCAGUUCACCCAACGAGCGGAGUGAUAACGCUGACUCGUUCGCUUGUGGCAGCUGACAAGUCUCACCACGAACUGGCAGUAUUGGCUCGCGACAGAGCUUCACUACUAGCGCGCGGUGAAGAAGCCCCAGCGGCGCGUGCGUCUGUUGUGGUUCGGGUGGCUCAGGCAAACCUUCAUGCCCCCCAAGUUCGAGUCCGUCAUCUUCCAGAACUCGUAGAGAACUCUACAGCAGAAAUAUACGCAAUCGUUGAAGUGACGGAUCGUGACAGCGGUGAACAUGGUCGAAUUGCUAGCCUCGACAUUGUAGAUGGUGAUCCUGAUGGUCAUUUCCGAGUACGACCAUCAGCCCAGCGUGGUGAGUGGGAUGUAGUUGUACACGCGCUGCUUGACCGAGAGAGCGCACCGCAUGGAUACAAUCUGACUUUACGCGCGCGAGAUGCCGGCCGUCCAUCACGAUCGUCGUAUAUCACGUUACCAGUGAUGCUUACCGAUGCCAACGAUAAUGCACCAGUCUUUAGCCGAGAAGUGUAUGAAGCUACAACGCCUGAAACUGCACCUCCUGGAACGCCCAUCAUUCGCCUCAAGGUAUCUGAUCGAGACGAAGGACGGAACGCUCGUGUCUAUAUAGAAAUUGUUGGAGGUAAUGAAGGCGGUGAAUUUGUUGUAAAUCCGGAUACAGGUGUAUUGUAUACUGCUGUGCCACUUGAUGCUGAAUUUAAAUCCCUCUACACACUUACAGUUUCUGCCAUUGAUCAAGGAAACGCAGGAACACGUCAACAGUCUUCUGCAAAAGUUAAACUUACAGUGUUGGAUGCCAACGACAACGAUCCGGUGUUCAGUCGUGAGGAAAUGGAGGUCACGGUGGCCGAAAACGGACCAAGUGGCUCUGUGGUAGCUCGCAUCUCAGCCCGAGACGCUGAUUCUGGAGAAAAUGCCUACAUAUCAUACAGUAUAGCCAAUCUUCAACCGGUCCCGUUUGACGUCGACCACUUCUCGGGUGCCGUACGAACCACUCGAUUACUGGACUACGAGAGCAUGCGACGAGAACAUGUGCUUCGAAUUCGCGCUAGCGAUUGGGGGCUACCGUACCGGAGACAGGCCGAGAUGAGACUCACUGUUCAUCUCCAAGACGUCAAUGACAACAGACCCCAGUUUGAAAGAAUUAACUGUGUCGCUUACCUAUCACGACGGCUACCGAUUGGCACGGAAAUCGCCACUUUGUCAGCACUUGAUUUUGAUGCCGGAGACGUAGUUUCCUAUCGAAUUGUAAGCGGUAACGAAGAUAACUGUUUCUCUCUCGACUCCAGCACUGGUGUAGUUAGUCUUUCCUGUGACCUUAGCGAUGUACGGACAGAAAUUCGCGUGUUAAAUGUAACAGCAACGGACGGUACCCAUUUCGCUGAUCCCACAUCACUAACACUUCACCUAGUGGGCGGUGGAGGCGGUACUGAUGGUCUCGAGUGUCGUGAUACAGGCGUAGCCCGUCGUUUGACCGAGCUGCUGGCAGCCGCCGAGCGCAGUAAUGCUCCUAUAGACAUGGCCGAUGAAUUCCCCAUGGCGCCUUCUCGUUAUGGAGAAAACCUGCACACACCAGAAUUUAUUGACUUUCCAGUUGAAGUAAAAGUGAACGAGUCAGUAGCGCUCGGUACGUCUCUAGUGAAACUUCGGGCACGAGAUCGUGAUUUAGGUUAUAACGGCUUGCUUGUAUAUGCCAUCUCCGGUGGUGACCCUGACUCCGCUUUCCGAAUAGAUCCCGACACUGGUGAGCUCAAAGUCAUCGGCUACCUGGACCGCGAACGUGAGACUGAAUACUACCUGAACGUGACAGUGUAUGACCUUGGAAAGCCCCAACGGUCAACGUCACGAUUGCUACCUGUUACGGUCCUAGACGUCAAUGACAACCGACCACGGUUCGAAAAAUCUCUAGCCAGCUUUCGCGUGACUGAAAAUGCACUAAACGGAACUGCAAUUUUCAAAGCAAAUGCAACCGACCGCGAUGCCGGAGAGUUUGCACGUAUUAAGUACAGUUUGAGUGGUGACGAUGGGGAGUUUUGCGUAGAAAGGGACAGCGGCGUACUCAUGGUAUGUGCCCCGCUGGAUCGUGAACGACGUGCACUGUAUGAACUGACUAUUAGGGCCACUGACGGUGGCGGACUACAUGCGGAUGCUCUCGUCAGGGUAGCCGUGGAUGACGUCAACGACAACCCGCCACACUUCGGUCUAUCCGCCUAUAGCUCACGGAUUCGAGAGGAUGUUCCGGUAGGAACGUUGGUAGCUGUGUUGGAAGCGUUCGACCCAGACCUGGAUGCUGGCGGCGAAAUUACCUAUUCCUUGCCAGAUCAAGCAUCAGAGGAUACCGUUUUCACAGUUGAUCGUACAUCUGGCACACUACGCACAGCCAAACGACUGAACUUCGAAGAGCGGCAGGUAUACGGUGUAACCGUGCGCGCCACGGAUGGCGGACGCCCGGCACAGUGGUCGGAGGCGACUGUGAUUGUGGAAGUGGUGGACGUGGAUGAGAACAUGCAUGCGCCCGCGUUUGCGGAUCCUUCCGUGCUCACGGCCAGCGUGUCUGAAGACGCACCGCGUGGGACGGUGGUGCUGGCCGCUACGGCUACCGACGCCGACCCACCGGGCAGGGACUCCAGGCUCGCCUACUACAUUGUCGGCGGUUCCGGCAUGGCACAUUUCUCUAUUGAUGAUACAGGUGUGAUUCGUACAGUGACCCCGCUAGAUCGAGAAGCUGUACCACACUACUGGCUUACUGUAGCAGCCGAGGAUCACGGACUCGUUCCGAAAUACACAACAGUGCAGGUUUUCAUCGAAGUGGAGGACGUGAACGACAUGGUGCCGUGGCCGGAGCAGGCGUCGUACACAGGCAACGUGGUGGAGCACGCGCCGGGCGGGACGGUGGUCGCAGCCAUUCGUUGCAUAGACGCCGAUGACGCUCCACAGCCCGCUAACAUUACUUACUCCAUUGUGGCUGGAAACCCGGAUGGAUUGUUCUCUAUUGACGAGUUCACCGGGCUGGUGGUGACGACGGGUCGUGCGCUCGACCGCGAGGCGGCGCCACAGCACGCGCUGGAGGUGCGCUGCUGGGACGGCGCGCUCGCCUGCACGGUGCGACUGCAUGUCACCGUUGCCGACGUCAACGACCACACCCCCGUCUUCACGCAGCGUUUCUACGACCUCCGCGUACCCGCCCCUCUCCACCGCCCUCAAGACCCCUUCGUCGACGCUCUACCGCAGGGCGACGCGGCGAGCGGCGCGGGCGAUGAAACCAGCACGGAAUGGGAAGCCGAAACCGAGGACGAAGACGAAGCGGGCGGACGCGUAGUCUGGGACUCGAUGGACGACGAAUCACCUACCGGAAUUUACAUCUCCGCAGUGACGGCGAGGGACGACGACCUCGGCGAGAACGGCACGCUGCGGUACAGCGCGCGGGCGCGCGGCGCGGCGCGGGGGCUGCUGCGCGUGCACAGCGCCACGGGCCGGCUCUACGCGUCGCCGCGGCUGACGCUGAUGCCAGGGGACUCGUACGACGUGACUGUAAGUGAUUCUUCUGCUUUGCCGUAUGUCCUCGUACAUGAUAAACAAUCAUCUUUUUAA